CAGUCUUCAGAGGUUAAAGGUGAUUUCUAUCCUCCCCUUCAGUCUUGCACAGGUGUACCGGACCUCCCCUUCAGUGUUGCACAGGUGUACCGGCUCCUCCCCUUCAGUCUUGCACAGGUGUACCGGCUCCUCCCCUUCAGUCUUGCACAGGUGUACCAGCUCUUCCCCUUCAGUCUUGCACAGGUGUACUGGCUCCUCCCCUUCAGUCUUGUACAGGUGUACCAGAUCUUCCCCUUCAGUCUUGCACAGGUGUACUGGCUCCUCCCCUUCAGUCUUGUACAGGUGUACCCGGCUCUUCCCCUUCAGUCUUGCACAGGUGUACUGGCUCCUCCCCUUCAGUCUUGCACAGGUGUACCAGCUCCUCCCCUUCAGUCUUGCACAGGUAUACCAGCUCCUCCCCUUCAGUCUUGCACAGGUGUACCGGCUCCUCCCCUUCAGUCUUGCACAGGUGUACCAGCUCCUCCCCUUCAGUCUUGCACAGGUGUACCGGCUCCUCCCCUUCAGUCU